UAAAUGAUGUCUCUCAAAAUAAAAAAAUUCUUCAUAAAUGAUACUUUUAUUUUUUGAAAAAGAAUGACUUGCGAUUCUGCUUCUUUGCUUGAGUUGGACAGAGAGUGAUAGAGCGAGAGAGAGAGAGAGAGAGAGAACACGGGUCCGGGAAGAGGAGGAGGAAGAUGUAUAUGGAUAAUAUCUGGGUCGUCGGAUAUUAUAUUUAAUCGAUUUCUCAGGCUUUCAACUUUGUGCUUUAGCACCGUUUUGGCUUCUCAUAGUGUCACAUACACUUUGCAACUGGAUUGGGCUUUGCAGAAAAACACAAGGAGACCAACAAGAUUCCAGAAGCUCCAGGGCUUCAUCCGUCUCAGGGUUUUUGGAGUAUAUUGGAUCUAUAGCCUUCUUUGUCCUCUGUCCUCUCUUUUAUAGUCUUUCAUGGAGAAAAAAAACCGAUGCUGCAGGUUUAAGCACUAGUGCAGAACAUAAGUGCAGCAGCAAAGAAAGUGCAGAGCAGCAGGAAUGUCAUAUAGAUCUAAAUUCCUGAUAAAGAGCAAGAGCAAGAGCAAGGGUGCCAAGAAUGUGGAUGAAGAAGACAAGGUGGAGAGAGGAAGAAAAGAGAUUAUUCAGGGCUCUCUCUUGGUAGCUGCAGGGAAGCGAUUGAUGGGCACUCUGCGCCAGGAAAAGAAAGCCUUCAUUCCGGACGAUCAUCGCUCUCUAUACCUCUGCUUCGGUGAGUACGAAGAGGGCAGCAAGGUGUCCUACACCAUUUUAUCAGCCAACUUGCACCAAUUGUUUUCUGCUGGUUCUUCUCCACGGCAAUUGCAGCUGGUGACUAAGUUUUCCGGUGAUGGUCUUCCCCGCUUUAUGGGUUGCGGCGUUUGGGGCUCCAAAAUUCUCCUUGGGGGUGGCGCAAAACCAGCUUAUUUGCAUUGUCCGAGUCGAGGCCAGCCAGCUAGUGGGUAUUUUAUGCAUCACGAGGUCAGAAAGAUAUAUUGUUUUGAGACUACGGAGGAGACUCAGGUGCCCAUGCCGCUCCCGAAGAUGUUGAAAGGGAACAUUCAACCCUUGCUAGUGGAGGUGAACGGCAAACUCUACGCUCUUGGUAAAUCAUUACCGUCUUUUGAAAUGUUUGACGGCAAUGAUUGGUCUGAGUUGGCACCACCUCCACACGGAACUUAUUUGUGUUAUCCCUUUACACACUCAAACCCAGCUUGUCAGUUCGAUGUAUACUAUGCAGUUGCUGGCACAAAUAUAUUAGUUUCUGAUGGUGGUUCAAGCUUCCGCUUUGACACAAGUGACCCCGAGCAAGGCUGGAGAAGACUAAUGUCAGCCGACCAAUUCUCUUUCGACCCAUUCUGUUUUAAGGGCACCAGUGUAGUUGUGAAUGAUGGUAAACAGUUUGUGCUUUUCACAUUCCAGCCCUCUGAUGGUCAGCAUAUAUCAGUGCAUCUGAUUUCAUAUGACUUUGAUAGCAUCACACAAGACUACAGUCGUGUGCAGCUGCCUCCAUACUUGAUGGAAUACAAGGAUGAUCGUCUUGGUGAUCUUUCAUUACCUAAUUAUCGGCUAGUACACCUAGGAGAUAACGCUGUCUGCCUUCUUAUGUCUAAACUCCUCCCCAAUGGAGUGGAUGAGAGGAAGAAGAUGAUUAGGUGUGUUGAAUUCGCAGCAUUCACAUUCAAAGUCAGAGACAAUAUUAGACUAUCCUUAAAAAUCAGAUUCCUGCCUCAUACCUCAAAGCUCAUAUAUGAUGAUGACAAUGAUGAUGAUAUGGACAUGGCUUCUAGCGCUGGACAGAUGCUUGGUGCCUUCUUGUUGGAAAAUUCUCAAGUGAACAAGGAGGACCUUGCAGCAGAACAUUAGAGUGUAGAAGGAAGAUAUAUGUCACAAUGAGGAUGGGAGAACUUUCAAGUGAAGAUCAGUCGUAACUCACAAGAGGAGAACCUUGCAGUAGAAUAACUAUUGGAGUGCACAAGGAAAAGGGUUUCUGUGAGAACUAAAACUUGUAUUAUCUCUUAUCUAAUGGAAGCUAAUUUAGAGUUAGAAGUAUUAAAACUCAAUGUCAAUAGUUCGCCACUUAAAACAGGUGCGGUUGCCUGCCACGUUGGCUUAGUCUUUGCUUCAGAGGCUGAAGUUCUUGUUUUCAAAUGAAGCUUGUAGUGCGUAUAUGUAAACUAUGCAUGUUCAGACUUGAGAAAUUCUAAUCUUAGUAGAGGUGCUACUGGGUAAGGGACACUGUCCUAGUACCUAAAGUUGGUUUCUUACUCCUUUACUAUUUUUAGAUAUUGCUCCACCAUGUUAGCUACUUAUUCUGUGGUUUACUACUACGUUUAGGUACUUUCUAACUCCUUGCACUCCAUCAUCUGGUGCAUUAUCAGUAUGGCCUUUUUUA